AUAUAUUUUGGGACGUAGGAGUAGCAGGUGGCUUCAUCGAGCAACCUCCUCCAUGUGAUCAAUUUGGCACGUGAAAUGUGCACUGUGGAUUAGAAAAUCCAGUCUACGUCCUGACGGCGAUGGUGUUUCGUACAGUUUUUAUAUGCAGCAAACCACAGCGAUGGACUGCUCGAGUGAUCAGCAGGCGAGCUGCAGUUAGAGAAGAGCAAGCUCGCCGCCGCCGACGUCUCGCCGGCGUGUUCGUGGAGCAGGGCCGAACCGACGGAGUGAGCCGCUACGGGUGCUCGCACACGUGGCGUCCAGGUCAGCGGGCAUCGCGCGCACGAGCUGCCACGUCACCCACGCGAUGGGGCGUGCGCCUCUCGUGCUGAUUGGCCGCGCCGUUCCCAUUAUUGGUGGGGCGAUCCCAAUUAUUGCCAUCAACUAUGGAAUUCUCGUCGCGUGCUGGAUGCUGCACAUGUUUGAUGUUGUCCAGAGUAAAUUGAUUUGCCGUGCCAUGGCACUCCACUUCUCCUGGCGUAGCACGUCGCCGUUCUUGGAUACUGUCUGCUCUUCCGUAUACGAUCUCUACAACUCCAGUGCGAUUCACAGGGCUAGUUGCGGUGAACAGCUCGUCGUCAACGGCACGAACUGCGACCUCGGCGACUACUGGCAGCAUUCUCCGACGCCGGAUUUCCUCGACAGCGACCGGAUUUACGCCGUCCUGGUGCUGGGGUGCGUUUGCAGCAGCGGCGGUUGUGGACGUGGGGAGGCCCAUGCGAAGCAGGGGCAUGACGUCUCCGGGGAAAAGCGGCCGAGUCGGCGGGACGGCCUCGGCCGCUCGUUCUGGUGGAUCAUGGUGGCGAGGAAGUACGAGUGGUGCGUAACGUACGCCGUGGUGGUGGCGACGCUGCAGCUGUUCCUGCGCCUGACCGGGGCCAACGUCACCACGCUUUUCCUGCCCAUGCUGUCCCAGGCGACAGGCUGCGGCAAGGCGGCGCUGGCCGGACACGCCGUGCUGGUGCUGGCGAACGCCGGCGGCGUCCUCGGGUCGGCGCUCGCCGCGAGGACGUACGGCCGCGAGGUCAUGUGCGUCAUCGGCGGCGUGCUCAUCGUGUUCUGCCAGGUGGUGAUCCCGGUGGCCAUGGAGAUGCACGGGGGAGGCGGCGCGUACGCGGCGGCGGCGGCGACGUUCUUCGUGGCGUGCGCGGCGUCGGGCGGGUGCGGGUGGUCGUGGGGGGCGCUGUUCUGGGCCGUGCCGGGGGAGGGUGUCCGGUCGGCGGGGGACGCGGUGGGCGCGGCGCUCGGGUUCGCGCUGGGAUUCGCGCAGACGCACUGCUUCCUGCUGAUGCUGCGCCAGCUCAAGCACGCGGCGCUCGCCUACUACGCCGUCUGGAUCUGGUCGUGACACGCACGCCUCGUCCGCAUCAUCGGCCGUCGCGCGCGUGCGGCCCGUCGCCAUCGUCGGCCCCCGAUCGACCCGCGGCUAUAGAUGGCCAUAAGGCCCGGGGCCCGACGGCCCGGCCCAAGGCACGACAAAUUGGCCCGGCCCAGGCACGGCACGGCCCGACUGGGGU